AUUUCGGCUCCAUUUUUCAAAAAGUCAGUCAAGGCUCGAGAGUUCUGCGGUGUUGUGGGCAACGAAAUAAACCGACGUCUAACGAUUUCAGAGAAGGAAAAUGGAACUGCUUUCGAACGACGUGAGGAAUUGCGCUCACUUGUGAAUUGCCCCCAGAGGUCGCGUGGAGAGUCGCUCAAACGACUUGAUCAUUGAGCGCGGAGAGCAGCGUGCACGACGGUAAGACAAUAAUGGUCAAGGUUCAACCAAUGCGGCGGUCGGCCAACAGGGAGGGCCCGAGUCCAUCCACGCCCGAAAAGUCGAUCGGCGACUCGGGAGCUUCCGAAACAGUAUCGCCGGAGUUCUUGAAGAAAUUGGCCGGAUCGAUAGAAAGCGCCCAAAAGAUGCUGGCGGAGCUGCUACAGAAACAGGAUCAACUCCUGUCGACCGGAGGGACUUUGACGCGGGAGCGUUGUCGAAGUGAGGAACAACCAGAGUCAGCGUCGCUGGAGCCGGUCGAGAGUGCUCCGGAUUCCGGUGUAUGCGAGCUUUUUGGGAGAACCGAGACCCCUCGACGGCGACGUAGGCAGGUCUCGAGCUCGUCGGAAGGACUGUCACACUCGGCGGAUUGUCAGGACUUGAUGAGACUGUCGGCAGACAAGCGUCCGAAAAUCGAGAUGGUAGGAGAGGAGCUCACGGCACAUUCGGAAGCAGCACGCCGAUCUGUAGAUACUCCAGAGCGAUCGAUAAGACUCAUGGGGAGUCGCGGGGAUGGUAGCGAUGGGUCGGGGAGCGACCUCACGCCUUUCGGGGGAAAAACCGUUCCUGAUCAAGCCCUGGAAGUUUCAACAGCGCGCUCCGAAGUCGAUGAGACUUAUGACAUCAUCUGCCCAGAAGAAACAACCAUUCUCGAAGGCGCACCGAAAUCCUCAAAAAGAAUCAGAAGCUCCGCAGAAAUCCAUAAAUUGCUGGUGCAUAUCAAUCUCGGCCAUUUUCCUCGGAAACAAACUGAUUUUUGGGUUUGGCAUCAAAGAAAGGUGGACGGCAUCUUCCACAGAGAGUGGGUGAAAUCAUUCUAUAAGUCCCGCGGAAUGGCAUACCUCAACCUCAAAUCAGGGACGACGCUCGCUUUCCCCUUGCAAUAAACGGGAGCCUAAUCCAAGGCCGAGAACCUGUGAAGGGAGAGACUGUGCGUCCACGGGGUGCUGAUCCUUUGUGCGAGCUAUGCGAUUCCUCGAAAACUGUUUCUGGAGUCUGCAAGCGGCAGCAAACGGAGCUACAGCGCAUCGUUAUGUUUCGGAAUCGGAGAAACGCCACGAACCUCGCCUUGUUCUCUGUAUAAUCCAUGGUACGCUUCCGAUGUACAGAUGAGUAAAUAAAUAUGUUUUAA